GCCGCAGAGCGCGCGUCGCGUAGUGCAGUGAGUGCCAGCGCGAGACACGAGCCCGGAGCCCCGCGCCGACCGGUGACACGACGAGCGACCUGAGCACCCCGAGACCUUCGGCCGCGCUGCCGCGGAAACUACACCCAUUCACCUCGCACGAGCCCGACGCCGCGCGAUGCCCGCCCGGUGAGGCGCCAUGGCGCGGCGCGCGGACGCGGCGGCGGCGCGCGCGCUCGACGAGUUCGACGCGCUGGCGGGCCUGCGCCGCAGCGCCUACGUGCUGGAGCACCUGGCCACCUUCACCGUGACGCGCGAGACCGGCAUCGUGUACCCCGCCGACGGCAUGCGGCGCCUGCUGCAGCUCGAGAAGACUAACGGUACGUGGCUAACACUAGCCGCCUGCGUGCUGGAGCACCUGGCCACCUUCACCGUGACGCGCGAGACCGGCAUCGUGUACCCCGCCGACGGCAUGCGGCGCCUGCUGCAGCUCGAGAAGACUAACGGAAUAUGGAGCCAAAAAAUGCAACUUUGUUUAGAGGACCAGUGGGUGCUGGUGAUGGACUACGAGACCGGGUCGAUCAUGGAGCGCUUCCCCGCGUCGUGGGUGCACUCCCCCACGGCCUUCACGUCGCCCGAGCCCGCCGAGUUGUACAACAACGUGCUGGCCUUCGUCGUGGGCGCCCCCGAGCCGCCCACGCCCGCCGCGCCCACGGCUGCGCCCGCGCGCCGCGAGCUGCACAUCUUCCAGUGCCACGACGUGGGCGCGCAGACGCUCGUCGAGGAGCUCAAUGCCCUCAAGGGCGUAGGCAGCGGCGGCUCGGAGGGCGGGCGGGACUUCGUCAUCGAGCGCGAGCGGGAGCGCGAGCGGGACGCUGAGGAGCGGCCGCGGAGACAGCAAAUGUCGGCGCAGCUGGGGCGCGGCGAGCGCGGCGACGACGCGUCGUCCACGGGCUCGGACCGGCUGUACGAGCAGGACAUCGCCAUCCUCAACCGCUGCUUCGACGACAUCGAGAAGUUCAUCGCGCGCCUGCAGCACGCGGCGGCGGCGUCGCGCGAGCUGGAGCGGCGGCGGCGCUCGCGGGGCGGCAAGCGCGCGGGCGCGGGCGAGGGCAUGCUGGCGCUGCGCACGCGCCCGCCGCCCGAGCGCGACUUCGUGGACGUGCUGCAGAAGUUCAAGCUGUCCUUCAACCUGCUGGCGCGGCUGCGCGCGCACAUCCACGACCCCAACGCGCCCGAGCUGGUGCACUUCCUGUUCACGCCGCUGGCGCUCAUCGUGGACGCGGCGCAGGACGCGGCGGACGGGCGCCUGCCCGCGCGCGUGGUGCAGCCGCUGCUGACGCGCGACGCGCUCAACCUGCUGGCCAACUGCGUCACCAGCAAGGAGACCGAGCUGUGGCACUCGCUGGGCGACGCCUGGCUCGUGCCGCGGGAGCAGUGGAAGACGGCCAUCCCGCCGUACCAGCCCGUGUUCAUGGACGGCUGGUCGCCGGACUACCAGGUGGACGACCAGCCGCUGACUCGGGCGUCCCCGCGGCGCAGCGACGCGUCGCGCGCGGGCGGCGGCGGGGGCGGCGGGGGCGAGGCGGAGCGCGCGGAGGGGCGCGGCGAGGUGGAGCGCGGGGAGGGGUACUUCGAGCGCGACGAGCCCGACGCGUACGGCGAGCAGUACGCGCCCUACGCCAGGAACGCUCGGCCUCUGACGCGCGAGGACUCCGGCUCGGCGGCCUCCUCGCCCGACAGGGAGCCCGCGGACACCUACCGCAGCGACCGGGACGACGACGACCUGGGCGAGGCGUGGGCGCGCGGCGUGGCGGCGCGCGGCGGGCGCGUGGUGCGCGUGACGUACCCGCGCACGGCCAACAACGACAAGGAGCUGAGCGUGGCGCGCGGCGAGUACCUGGAGCUGCUGGACGACUCGCGCAAGUGGUGGCGCGCGCGCAACCGGCGCGGGGUCACGGCGCACGUGCCGCACACCAUCGUGGCGCCCGCCGGCUCGCCGCCCGCCUCGCCGCUGCUGUACCCCAACCCGCUGUACGCGCGCUCCGGCUCCUCGCCCACGGCAGUACCGGAACGCCCGCCGCGCCGCGCGGAGAAGUCGCCGCCGCCCCCGCCGCCGCCGCCGCCUCCGCCGCCGCCCGAGCCUGUGGUGCUGCCGGUCAAGUCGGAUACUUUGAAAUCCACCAAGUCUACGAAGUCUGCGAUCAGCCAGAGCUCGCUGCACGAGGAACUGAAGACGGUGCUGCCGCAGAUCCAGCGCCGGCUCGAGAUCAAGAAGACGCCCGACAUCUACAUACACGAGAAGUCGAACCCCGACGAGGUGGUGGAGUGGCUGGAGGCGAAGGGCUUCAGCGGCACGGCGCAGAAGCAGCUGCGGCUGUCGGGGCACCAGCUGUUCGCACUGUCGCGCUCGCAGCUGGAGCGCGUGCUGGGCGCCGACGAGGGCAAGCGCCUGUACAGCCAGGUGCUGGUGCAGCGGAACAUCUCCGGGUACAAGACCACGUCGGCCUCGGAGCUGGCCAGCAUACUGCGGCGGCUGCGGGAGAAGGUGGAGGUGUCGUGAGCGUGGCGGGCUCGCAGACCCACUCCUCGCGCUGCUAGCUGCGGGCAACGAGCGGCGCCCUACAGAGAAAACUACCGUAUGCAUAGAAUAAUUAGCUAUGGAGAUACUAUACAUUGUUUGACACGAAAUAAAAUAGUUAAAUGUUGCCGAUUUUUAUAUGAAACCUAUUUUAAAUCUGUAAUUUACGGAGUUGAAUCGCACUCAAAUUCUCCAACAUAUUGUGUCGUUUUUUGAUGGGAAAGGUAAAGUCACACAUCGAAACUAUUAAACACCUAUAAAAAUAUUGCUCUGUGUCCUUAUACUACACACAACUGUAAAUUUAAAUCGCACAAGUGUUUUUUUUUACACACAGUAAUACAACUUUGACAAACACAUAGUUUAGUCUCGCUACAGAGAAUAUUCGUUCACUUGACCGAUGUUUUGCUCUUCCGACUGAAAAAUCGAUUCUUUCAAGAUAUUAUUUUUAUUACGAUAUGGAAGAGUUAGGAAUAUUUACAAAUUAAACGUAAUUUACUUUUUUAGUAAAUUAAAAGUUGUAGGCAGUUUUGUACACCAUUCAACUACACAGAUCAGGAUUUUAGGGACUUACACGAUGAAAAUGAUUACAACAGUGCUACAUCGACUGUGUAAUGUUUAUAAACGCGUUAGAUCUUUGCUC